AUGAUUAGCUGUAUUGUAAUGAUGCUGAAUAAAAUAGCUGGAUCUGAUUUCACUCAGGUUAAAGGAGUAUCAGAUGCUGGAAGUUCAGUAAAUGAGAUGAAUGAUCUUCUAGAGGAUUUCAAGAAAAUGAAAAAAUCAAUAACUCAAAAAAUAAGAAGAAAUAAUGAAAUAAUUAAGAACACAAGGGCGGAAAUAAGAGGUUUGGAAUCUAAAAAAGACAAUUUCAAUAGUCUGGUCUUUGUGAUAGACGCAUUUGGCAGAGUAUUAUCUGAUGUGAUUGAAAUGCAGAAUAAUGGUGAAAAUAAUAUCGGAUUGUUGAAUGAUUAUGACAUAACAACCUUUGUAUUAACACUUUUACCUGAAUAUAGGUUUAUUAAGGAUGAAAUGGAUUUAACUGUGAUACUGAAUAGGUAUAAUCAGACUAAGAAUGAGACUUUGAAUGAGAUAAGGGAAAUGUUAAGAGAAAUACAGCAGAAAAAACAUGACAACAAACUAAAGAUACAGCAAAAGGAGAGUAAAGUACGUGUUCUGAUGAAAGCAAGGCGUAAAAUUGUUAGUGAUAUUGACAAAUUUAAGAUUGAAAUCAUAAAAAUGAAGAAUAAAUGA